AUGGCUGCAGAAUUCGUACCUGAUGGCAACACUAUCCUCUUUGGGAGAGGCAAGGCAUGUAACUAUCACCCAGGCAAUCAACGGAUGCGAUCGAUCAUUAGCAACUACAAAACUCAAUAUCGAAGCGCUUCCAAAGGAGAAAAGUCGAAGCUAGUGCGCAAAGUCUACGAUGAGUUGGUGGGAGGAGGCAUGAAAUUCAUCAAGCAAACAGAGGGAGGAGAUGGUUGGGAAGAAGUUGACGAGAGUGCUGCAAUCCAGAAGGUGGGCCACGUUCUUCGACACAAACUGAAGCCUACCAGUAUUGAGAAGAAGUCUCUUGCGCAGGAUGCCAGUGGUAAUGCCUCUAAUGAAGAACGGUUGAAAUGUACAUCGAAUAGUUCUUCGAUACGAAACCUGGCUCAGGAAGUUGCUGGACUACACAAGAUGGCUGAUGUGCCACUGAGUCCGAGGACACGGUUGCCACUGACUGGUAGUGCAUUACAUAAUGAUGGUGGUUUGGGUCAAUCACUUACACGCAUGCCUACGAGGAUACAGUGUUCUGUGGGUUCCAAUCCGAGAAAUGAAGAGCUCUCGCAACAUCUGUCGAUGCUUUCUUCCAUCGGAGCUCUCCAACAGCAGAUUGGCCGUACAUCUCUGCCUCAAGGACCAGGUUUGCCAUCAACUGGUGAUUUGCUACAGAAUAACAACCAUCGUCGUGGUCUAGUAGAGCACAGGGCUGAUGGAUUCAAUGGCCAUGGCGUAGCAAAUCGUUUGCAGAAUCAUCUGGCACAAAUGGAACUGGAACGGCAGCGAUCCACUUUGUCAGCGCUCGUGGGUCCGUUGACGCCAUCUGGUCUGUCGCCCUUUCUUUCAUCAAGAAGCCAACUCAGUAUUAGUGGCCAGGGCAAUCUAUUGGGUCCUCUGGCUGACGCCAAUUCACAAUUCAAUCCAGUUCCUAGCGACGACCCUAUGUUCUGGAUACGGCUUGCCGCGGCUUCACUCCUGAACAAAGGUGGUUAA